AAUUAAAAAAGAGAAGGGCGGAAAAUGAGUGAAAUUCUGAAAAACGAAGUUUAACGGACCUGCGUUAUUAUUGUCGUUGCAUACUCCCUUAUAGCCGCUGAGUCUCCAGAGUUCAGUCAGUCGAGCCGCGAAUCUCCACCGUGAUGGUCACCGGGAUAGAGCUCUCUUGCGAGUUUCAAAUUUAGAAUAAAAAUAUUUACAAAGUAUACAUAAUUACGUUCGUUCUAAUGGAUCGACAGAGGAAAGAAAGCGAACAUUUUUCUAAACCGUUUCUCAACGCUAAUAAAAGACUCCUAGAACUGGAUCUAGACUAUUUGGAAAGGAGGGGCGGUGAGACAAUAAGCUGUGAAAACGUGGAAAGCGGAUCGAAAGAGGAGGAGAGCCCGGCAGACAGUCUGGAUCGAGUUAAGGUCGUUUUCCUCGGGGCACCUGGCGUGGGAAAGUCCAGUAUAAUUCGACAAUUCGUUUGGAGCGAAUUCUCGGAGGAAUACAGGCCCACUGAAAAACGUGAGACGUUUUACCCGAGCGUCGUACUAGCCGAUCGAUUGUACGAAUUGAAAAUCACAGAUCUACCAACGAUUCCGUUCUUUCCUGUGAGUUCACACCUAGAAUGGACGGAUUUUCGUUAUUAUGGACUACGAAGCGCCACCGCCUACGUUCUCGUAUUCGAUUUGAGCAAUCAAGAGACUUUUCAAUAUAUCAGAAAAUUACGCGAGCAGAUCUACGAGGCACGGGACAUGAGAGGUGUACCUCUUUUAGUGGUCGGCAAUAAACAAGAUGAGCUCUCGAGCAGUGUAGCUUCCGGUACAAGAUACAGGGAUAUCGUCAAUCUCGUACGAAAGCAUUGGAGAUGCGGUUACGUUGAGUGCAGCGCAAGAUUCAACUGUCGUGUCGUACAGGUUUUUCGAGAAUUAAUGAAGAGCAUUCAAGCCGUAGAAGGAAGGCCGCCGUCGCCGAUACCUGCACCGUCGUCGCAGCCUUUGCGUUCUCAUCAGCAUGACAACAGCGAGAAAUGCAUUCUUCUCUGACACUGAGAUCAUAUAAUGGACGUACUCGAUCUUUGCGAUCGCAUUUUAGCCAAGAAUUGCUUCUUCUCUGAUUCGAAGAAGGAUUCGCAUUGAUUUACUUCGUUAUUCCUAUUUCUUUUUGUUGAAUCUUUUUCUUUUAUUUAUUUAUUAUUAGCUUUUCGCGGAUGUUCCCUCGUUGUUAGAUUAUCUCUCGAAAAAAGUUCAUCACAGUGUUCAUCGUCGUUUACAUUCGUCGAAUGUUGAAACUAUUGAGUAGUUAACAACUCAAUGGACCUCAAUUAAACUUAUUGGUCCAAACCGGAAAUUUACUUUCGUGUCUGACAGCUUGCAAUUAAAGGUAAUAUAUCUCGACUUCCAUUUUCGACAACACAAAUUGGAUAACUUUCGUGUAAUCGACAAAUUGUCUGCCUUUCCUUUAUUACGUUCUUCCUUCAUAUUACUCGAGCGUGUGAUAUCGUUGUGAUAAACAAAUAUUUCACGGUGCGUUAAUCGUACAAGCUACUCGCUCGUCAAUUGAAAAUUUAAGAAAUCGUUCGUUUCUCGUGAGCAUCGAGUUAAAUGGCGCAUUGUAUUUUAAUCUUUGACGCUAGAAUUUUCAUACAUAGAGAGAAAAAGAAAUAGAAAGAGAGAAAAUGAUUAUAGAUAAAAAGCAACGAUAGAGUACGUACUAGUCAAAAACUGUGCAAUUGAAAAUGAACAUGCACGUAAAUUAUCGUAACACGGCAAACUUCGAAAUAUGAUUAUUGUUAAAUGAUUCAAUGAAAACAAUACUCCAUUUUUGAAUUGAUUAAAUCAACCAUAUGUGACGACGAUAUACAAGCUGUGCCAAAAAAUUCUAGAUAAUUUUAAAGAUCAAUUAUUUCUUUGCGAAACUUUGUAGACUUAUUUUUCUUUCCGAUUGUAAAAGAGUUCCUUGGCUUGCAGUUUUACAAUCUUAAGAUAAAAAUUAAUCUAAGAAGUUACGGAAAAGAAAAAUUGAUUUUUAAAAUAGCCUAGGAAGUUUUGGCCCGCAUAGGAACUUUUGGCCCAUCCUGUAUAACGUGUGCAAUUAAUUCUUGAUUAUAUACACAAACAAAUACACAGACACACACACAUGUAUACACAUAGUUAGAGACAAGCAUAUAUACAUAUAUACAUGCGCGCAUGAUAAGAAUAAAUGUACAGCAAUUUUGAGAAAAUUUUUUGCUGACUGGACGUUAAGCAAUAUGUACACGAAUCAUUUUAUGGAGAUUACUCAAGUUGGUCUUUCUACAGACCUUUACGUUAGCUCGAGUUGUGAAAAGUAAGUUGCGAAAAAUAAUAUUAUAGAAGCUCGUAAAAAAACAUACAUACAUAUACACACAAAAAAAAAUAAAAUAAAAAGAAAAAAAUCCACAAAAAAAAAACAAGAAAAUAUUAUGAGAUAUUAUGAGACUAUAUAACUGCCGAAAUCUGUACACACGCACGAAAUUAAAAACUAGCGAUCAAUUUAUCUCAUCAACACAUUGUAGGUAAUUCCACACACUUUGAUUUUCGGCCUAAUAAUAUUGCAACAGCGAUGGGCUGUCGGGAGUUACCUCAACAGAAGCAAUAGUAUACACAUCUAUUUUUAAAAUAAUUAUUGUUAAGAAAAUUAAUCACUAGCAUGUAAGAAAUAAGAAGAGAAAGAAGAAAAAGAAACGUAGCAGUUGAUACAUUAUUUACGAACAAAUAUUAAAAUACAUGUGUAUGUAUACACAUAUAUAUAUAUAUACAUAUACGAUAUGUGUGUUAAUAAAUAUCGUUGUUAUCGUUUAUAUACAUACAUAACAUGAACAUGAAGAAGUUUGUAUUUUAGCUUCUAAGGAUAAAAAGAGCAAGUUGACUUCGUGAAAUAUAUACGUACAUAUAUAUAUAUAUAUAUAUAUAUAUAUAUAUAUAUAUAUAUAUAUAUAUAGUUGUUUAUUAGUUCCGGUAUUCAAUCGGAUUGUUAUUUAAAGCUAUCUAGGCAACGUAUGUAUAUCAUAUACAUACAUUGUACGAUAUGAUAUACGUAAAUUAAUUAUAGACCACAUGAUAUGUGUGCGUAUAUAUGUAUACAUAUAUACAUGUAUGUAUAUAUACACAUACAAAAUACAAAACACGUGUUCGUUGAAAAUAUUUGUACCCAGGAAAGAGAGAAGUGUUAUUUUAUGUCUGAAACGUGACUCUUUAUUUUCUAUUCUGAAGUCGUACAAUAAAAGAUUCCAAGGAGAAUUGUUUUUGUAGUACCUAA